AAACUCAAACUAUAAGAAACUGUUCUCAAUCGAAAAGGGGACAAACCAAAGAAGGGCCAAAAAAGGAGCUCGGAAGGGAAGCGAAGACGAGAAUGGCAGAGGAAGGGAAGCCAGAUGCCCAAUUGUUCCACCUACUCUCUGGUCUCCUCCACCAGGUGGAAGCAUUGACCAAUCAAGAAGAAGUUGAAUUGCGUUCAAAAAUUGAAGCCCUUGGAUUAGAGGUUACCAAAGUUCCCUCAAAGUCAACUCAGCAUCUUGACGAGCUGGAAAUAGCCAAGGAAUUGGAUGAAUUAUCUGCAAAGUUGGAUGAUGUAGAUGAAAUGAUAUCUUCAGCAAUGGCUUCAGAUCCUCAGGUCAAGUCACUAUUGAGUGGUACUGCUGAUGUAUGGAUGCCGGUCAUUACUGCUAGUGCUGAUGAACGGCGCACUUUCACAGCAUCAAACCCAGAAGCAAAAGGGAAAAGUUUCAGUUAAGAAAUUCAGGAUAUUAUUUUUUACAUGUUUGUUUAAUCCACCAAAUAAAAAAAAGCACAGUAUUCAUAAUGACUACCAUAUAUAGUCUUCAUCUCUA